UUCCGUGAGUGAUUCGAAACCUGUUGAGUGUCGAAAAAAAGGCCCACGAGGAGGAAAUCGCUAGUGCCACUCUCGGCCAGGAUUUAUUGUUAAUGUCUAAUUAUAGUUUUCGUCCGCUUCCAACUUAUUUUCGGACCGUAUUAACAACAAAUCUUGCCUAGUAAACAGCGCAAGUAGUGUUGGUUCAGUGGUUGGUUGGUGGGCUGCUGCGGAAUCCAUGGGCAAAACGCAUGAGGUGGUAGUCACUCUGCGAAGGGAUUCCCCGCACGAGCAAUGGGGGUUCAGCCUGGUCGGGGGCUCGGACGUGCGGGCGCCGCUUAUAGUCACCAGGGUGGGGUUCGGUUCGCCCUCCAAUGGGGUACUCCAGCGUGGUGACAUCAUCACCAAAGUGGGCAACUACGAUGCCAGAGACAUUCGUCACCAGGAUGCGCAGACUUUAUUUAAAAACGCUGGCACGAACAUCCGAGUGGUCGUACAAAGGGAAAACACUCCUCGGCAGAAUACCAGCACGGGAUCGUCCAGGACUAGUUCCCACAACUACAGUCCUCUGUCGGUUUCGCCGCAUCUUUCUCCCAAAGGAAAUUACUUUUCGUCGCCUGCUCCUUACAGUCCUGCAGGAUCAGCGUUGACUCCGUAUUACUCCUUGCCUAUGACACCCGUCGACGAUAAUUACUUCGAAUCGGUUACUUAUAGUCCAGGGGCCAAAAAGGGCGGUACUCUGGACACGGAUUUUCAUGUGACUAAACAGCCCUACCGUACCACCCCUCUGGUGCUCCCCGGAGCCAAAGUGAAGCGUGAACCCGGACCGACGGAGAGUUACUUGAGACACCACCCCAACCCUGCCGUAAGGGCGCCUCCGCACCACCUCGAUCCCGAACUCUUAAUCAGACAGAAGGUUACCAACACUGUUUUGGAAAGAUUAAACGCCAACGACCCCAACAAGCAGAUCGUCCACAAGCAGUUCAACUCUCCCAUCAACCUCUACAGCGAGCCAAACAUCGCUGACACCAUUCAGAAGCAAACUGGCGCAACUCCUGGCGUCCGCAAGCACGUGAAGUUCAACCCGUCUGAGAGCGAGACGUACAAAGCAGUCCAGGAAGAGCAACUCGGCGAGCUGGUGCAAGAGGUAAACGUGCCGCCGCAGAGCAGGAUCUACGCGCCCAACAAGACAAUCCCGGCCAAGUCGUCGCACUACGUGGUCAACCAGAACCCCUCGUUCGUCACUAACAACUCCAUCGGGGACCCCGAUGUGAUCCAGCAGAGCGGGUCGUUCAAAAGGCUGAUGUGGAGCGUCCUCCCCGAGCACAGCUACUAGAUCCACGGCAGUCCCGAAUGCAGAACUGCCUGUCCUCAAAUCGAAAGUCGACGAAUAUUUUAAAAAUGUUCGAAUAAUUACUAGAGUUUAGAAUACAAAGUAUCUUUCAAAUGUUAUCGUGCAAAUACGUAGAGCCUUUUAACACCCGAUCGCAUGGAUAAGUUUGACAGGUAUGUCUAUAUUGUAAACGAAUGAUUACUUUUUCUUAUAAUGUUGAGCUUAGCUUAAGACUAUUGUUAUUGUAAUUGUUGCUUAAGUCAGUGUCGUGGCUUGCUGCGGGCAAGUUUCUACGAUAAUCGAGUAGCUUUACUUAGGCCUUUUCGUUUAGUUAUUGUAUAUUUUCAAAUUUUAUUAAAACGAGUGAAUCUAGUCAGAAGUUAGGUAGGUAAGUUGUACACUAUUUUAUAGAGGUUAUCGCGUUAUUUAUUAACUGCAUCAUAGAAAGGAUUGUUAUUUUUGUGGCACAUAUUGUAAUUUAUAUGAAAUAAACAUAUUUCUGUACGA